UCCCGUAGCGAGUCAUCUUCUCCUCUGACAAUCUUUGGCUGAGAUACAACUUUUGGCGCCGAAUAUUCCAAGUUAUUAUUUUGCCCCUCUGCAGCGCGGGAGUUGGUGUUUUCGUGUGUGUGAAUGUUGGCGUUUUGCUGCGAUUUAAACGUUUGUUUUAACCGGGUAUCAGGUGAAGGAAGAGUUUAAAAACAACAUGCAGCGGAGCAUCGCAUCCUUCUUUCAGCCCAAGAGCAAGGACAUUCAGAAGAAAGCUGCAGAGGAGCCUGUGAAAAAGCCUGUCAAGAGUCCACUGAAGGUGCAGAACGGUGUUCAGGAAGCAGAGUCGCCCAUCAAGAAGGUUGUGAAACGCUGCCGUCAAAUCCUGGACAGCGAUGAUGACGAGGCGCCAGUCGUUAAAGAACAAGUUCCCAGCAAGGGACAAGGAGACAAAGAAGCUCCUGGUAAAACAGAAAAGAAGGAUGAUGCGUUUAAAGCCGUUCCCACCCCCCUGUCUCCACCAUCGACCCCAGCCACGCCUGUAACCCCGACCACCCCUGCCACUCCAGCCACCUCUGCUUCACCGGGGACCCCCAGCACUCCCAAUUCCGUCUCCCCCACUGGGAUCGUCAAACGCAAGACUGCAAGGAAGAUGUUCCCUAAGAGGAAGCUCAACGAGAGUGGGAGUGGCAGUGACAGUCAGAAAGAAGAGGCAGAGGUCAAGGAGGAGCAGGGUCAGCAAAACAAACGGCCACGUGUGGAGACCAGUGCCAGCGGUGAAGGUAACGCAGAUGAACCCAUGGAGGAGGACACAAAGGAAGAAAGGGGGGAAAAGGCAGCGACCGAGGCUAACAACCCAGGGGACGAGGAGGUGGAGAACAAGAGCAAAGAGGAAGAAACUGUAGAAAAAGAGGAGCAGGUGGAGAAAAAGAGCCCUGAUGAGAAGGAGGAGAAAGCUGAGGAGGCGGAAAAGAAAAAUGAAGCAAAGCCGAAGACAGAUGAUGAUGAUGAUGAGAAAGGGCCUGCCGUAGCCAAAACGGAGGUGGUUGAAAAGGACACGCGAGGCACAGAAGAGAGCCCGAAAAGUCAAACGGUGAAAAGGCAGAAAGAAGCAAAAGAGCAGAAAGAUAAGGAGCCGACCAGGAAAGCCCCCAUCAGCAGUUUCUUUGCUCCCAGAAAAGCAGCAGUGAAGACGGAGAAGCCGGAGAAGAAUGAGGGGGAAAAAAAGACGAGUCCAGAGAGGAAGAGGUCAGAGGAGGAGAGUAAAGACACGAAAGGUGAGGCAACCUCAGGACAAACAAACUAUGAUCCAUCGAGACCAAACUAUCAUCCCGUGGACAACGCUUGUUGGAAACAGGGCCAGAAAGUGCCCUACUUGGCAGUGGCUCGCACCUUUGAGAGGAUUGAAGAGGACUCUGGCAGGCUGAGAAACAUCGAGACACUGUCAAACCUGUUUCGCUCUGUGCUGCUGCUCUCCCCAGAUGACCUGCUCUGCUGCGUGUAUCUGUGUCUGAACCAACUCGGUCCUGCCUAUCUAGGGAUGGAGCUUGGUGUUGGUGAGACGGUGCUGAUGAAAGCUGUUGCUCAAGCCACUGGGCGACAAUUGGACAAAAUCAAAGCAGAGGCACAGGAGAAAGGAGAUUUGGGCCUAGUGGCCGAGAGCUCCCGUAGCAACCAGCGCAUGAUGUUUCAGCCGGCCAGUCUGACAGCAGGGGGCGUGUUCAGGAAAUUGAAGGAAAUUGCCAGCAUGAGUGGGAACUCGGCCAUGAAUAAGAAAAUCGACAUCAUCAAAGGCCUCUUUGUGGCAUGCCGCUUUUCAGAGGCCCGCUACAUAGUCAGGUCUCUGGCUGGAAAGCUGAGGAUUGGUCUUGCUGAGCAAAGUGUGCUCUCUGCACUGAGCCAAGCUGUCUGCUUGACCCCACCUGGACAAGGUUUUCCUCCCACUGUGAUCGACGCAGGGAAGGGAAUGAGUGCUGAGAGCAGGCGGGCGUGGAUUGAAGAGAAGAGCCUCAUUCUCAAACAGACUUACUGCGAGAUGCCCAAUUACGAUGUUCUGAUCCCCGUUUUGCUAAAAGAGGGCAUAGACCAGCUGCCCAAUCACUGCAAGCUCACUCCAGGUGUACCACUGAGACCCAUGUUGGCUCACCCAACUAAGGGUGUUGGCGAAGUGAUGAAGAAGUUUGACGAGGCAGCGUUCACCUGCGAGUACAAAUACGACGGGGAGCGUGCACAGAUUCACAUUUUGGAGGGUGGCGAGGUUCGAAUAUUCAGCCGCAACCAGGAAGACAACACCAGCAAAUACCCAGAUAUCAUCUCCCGCAUUCCCAAGGUGAAGAAGGACUCUGUUGUAUCUUGUGUCCUGGACUCUGAGGCGGUGGCCUGGGAUCACGAGAAGAAACAGAUCCAGCCCUUCCAGGUCCUCACCACCCGUAAGAGAAAGGAUGUGGAUGCAUCAGAGAUCAAAGUCCAAGUGUGUGUGUACGCCUUUGACCUCCUCUACCUCAAUGGCGAGUCCCUGGUGCGACAGCCAUUGUGUCGGCGUCGGGCUCUACUGAGAGAAAGCUUCUCAGAGGUGGAGGGAGAGUUUGUGUUUGCCCGAUCCAUCGACUCCGACAACACCGACACCAUCGCCGAGUUCCUGGAGCAAUCUGUCCGAGACUCCUGCGAGGGCCUCAUGGUGAAGACUCUAGAGAAGGAUGCCACCUAUGAAAUUGCCAAGCGCUCUCAUAAUUGGCUCAAGUUGAAGAAGGACUACUUGGAGGGAGUUGGAGACACAGUGGACCUGUGUGUGAUUGGGGCCUAUCUGGGGAAAGGAAAAAGGACAGGCACCUAUGGGGGCUUCCUGCUGGCUUGUUACGAUGAAGAAAAUGAAGAGUUCCAGUCCGUCUGCAAGAUCGGGACAGGCUUCAAGGAUGAAGAUCUGGAGCAGCAUUACAAGUUCUUAAAGGAGCACAUCCUGCCCAAGCCCCGUGCUUACUACCGCGUUGACCAAUCAGCCGAGCCCGACGUGUGGCUGGAUGCUGUGCAGGUUUGGGAGGUGAAGUGCGCUGACCUCUCACUGUCUCCGGUCUACAAAGCUGCAAUGGGAAUGGUGGAUCCAGAGAAGGGCAUUUCUCUGAGGUUCCCUCGCUUCCUUAGGAUUAGAGACGACAAGAAGCCCGAGGACGCCACGGCCGCAGCUCAGAUCGCCGAGUUGUACAAGAAGCAGCAGCAGAUUCAGAAUCAGGGGGAUAAAGCUGACCCAGAGGACUACUACUGAUCGUCUGUAGUCAUCAGCAGGGAAUAAUAAAUAAUUGAAUUUUAAGUCUUGUAAUUGUAAAUAGCUUCUUUCUUUCUUUGUGUACUGUUGAAUGAAAAUAAAGGCACUUGCCAGUUUUAA